CGCGAGGGCGGGGCCAUGGCGGCCUCCGUGAUGCCGGCUCCGGCGGAGGGGCGGCGGGGCCGCGGCGGGCCGGGUCGAGCCUAGGCGGGCCGGGCAGGGCGGGCAUGGAGGAGAAUGCGGUGGAGAGCAGCAGCGACGCGGCCCCGCUGGCGGCGCAGGAGGAGCCCUCCGAGAGCGGCCUGGGCGUCGGGAGCUCGGAGGCGGUCUCGGCAGACAGCAGCGACAGCGCCGCGGCCCCCGGGCCUCUCUCCCGGCCCGAUGACUCCGGCGUGGGCCAGAGCUCCGACAGCAGCGGGGUCUCCUUGGAAGAGGUGUCGGAGAGCAGCUCCAGCACCGAUGCUGUUCCCAGGAUUUAUCUGCCAGAUUCAUCCUCCAUCGCCCAGUCCACCUUGGUCUCCAGUGUCUCCACUGUGACCCAGUCCAUCAUGGUGUCAGAGUCCCCACAAGUCCUGGUCCACUCCAGCGUCAUCACUGAUGGAGCCACCAUUGUGUCAGACUCCACUGCCUCCACAUCCUCAGACCUCAGCUCUGCCAUUGACAAAAUCAUCGAGUCCACCAUCGGGCCUGACAUCAUCCAGAGGUGCAUUGCUGUGACCAGCGCAGAGGAUGGAGGGGCAGAGACCACUCAGUACCUCAUUCUGCAGGGCCCUGAUGAUGGAGCCCCCAUGGUGUCCCAGAUGGCCACUUCUGCCUUGGCCAGUAGCUUGGCAAUAGAAGCUGUUGCUGAUGGACCAACCUCCACCUGCCUCGACCAGCCUGGCCCUUCUGACCCUCUCGAGCAGUCAGAAGCCCUGCAGCUGCCUGCACGGCCUGACCAGCCCCGGGAGGCUGAUGGUGGAGAGGAGCUGGAGCAGCCAGACAUGGAGACUCUGGAGGAGAUGAUGGAAGUGGUGGUGGUGCAGCAGUUCAAGUGCAAGAUGUGUCAGUACAAGAGUGUCUCCAAGAAAACGCUCAUCAACCACAUGAAGGAGCGGCACUUCCAUCCAGUGGGCUCAGCUCUGGCUGUGAAGAAAGGUCGUUCCCGAAAGGGAGGAUCUGCUCCUAAGACUGCGGAGGAGGAGGUGGCAGAGGAGGAGGAGGAGGAUGAUAUCAUGGAUGCUGGUGCUAUUGAUGACCCUGAAGAGGACAGUGACUACAACCCAGCUGAGGAUGAGCCCCGAGGCCGCCUGCCCAGGCUCAGCCGCACGGUCCCCACCUCCAGCGAGGAGAGACCCCGGCGGCGCCCAGGGAGACCCCGCAAGGCCCCUCGUCUGGAGGAUGCACCCCAAGACAGGCCGGAGGGAGGGGAGGUGGAGCCCUUGGUGACAUCCCAGAGCACACCCAGCUGCGAGCUGCACAGCUUGGAAGCAGCCAGUUCCUCUGGCCUGGAGAAUGGGACCAGCGAGAGCCUGGCAGAGCCCAGCAUCAGCCAGUCUGACUCUGAGAACAAGGACCCCUCCUCCAACACGGGCCCCGAGGAGGCGGACACCCCCCCCAGGCGGCGCGGGCGGCCCUCCCGCCGCUUCCUGGGCAAGAGAUACCGCAAGUACAUGGGGCACAGGUACUACUACAAGUCUCCCAAGCCCCUCAUGAGGCCCUUCCUGUGCCGCAUCUGUGGGUCACGGUUCCUCACCCACGAUGAUCUGCGCUUCCACGUCAACUCCCACGAGGCCAACGACCCCCAGCUCUUCAAGUGCCUGCAGUGCAGCUACCGCUCCCGCCGAUGGUCCUCGCUCAAGGAACACAUGUUCAACCACGUGGGCAGCAAGCCCUACAAGUGUGAGGAGUGCAGUUACACCAGUGUGUACAAGAAAGAUGUCAUCCGACACUCCACAGUACACAGCCGGGACAGGAAGAAGCGUGCUGAUCCGCCCAAAAAGCUGAACUCCUUCCCCUGCCCCGUCUGCAACCGCAUCUACCCCAUGCAGAAGAGGCUGACACAGCACAUGAAGACACACAGCACAGAGAAACCACACAUGUGUGACAAGUGUGGGAAGUCCUUUAAGAAACGCUACACCUUCAAGAUGCACCUGCUGACCCACAUCCAGGCCAUUGCCAACCGCAGGUUCAAGUGUGAGUUCUGUGACUACGUCUGUGAGGACAAGAAGGUGCUGCUGAACCACCAGCUGUCACACAUGAACGACAAGCCCUACAAGUGCAGCUUCUGCAAGUAUUCCACCUUCCGUGAGGACUUCCUGGUCUCCCACAUGGCUAUCAAGCACACAGGAGGGAAGCCCUUCGCUUGUGAGUUCUGCCACUUCACCACCAAGCACAAGAAGAACCUGCGGCUCCACGUGCACUGCCGGCACCCCGAAUCCUUCGAAGAGUGGGCUCAGAGGCACCCCGAGGAGCCACCCUGCCGUCGCCGACCCUUCUUCACGCUGCAGCAAAUCGAGGAGCUGAAGCAGCAGCACAGCCAGGUGCAGGCCCCAGCUGAGCCAGAGGCUGCUCCCCCAGUGCCUCUCGGCCCCGACACCUUCCACACAGUGCAGGCUGUCCCAGGAGCUGAGCCCCCUGUCCUCUCACAGGAUACCCUGGAAGGGGCCACCAUCAUUUAUGAACAAGAUGCAGCUGGGUCAGCAGAACUGGCCACGCAGACUGCCCUGGACCUGCUGCUGAACAUGAGCAGUCAGCGGGAGCUGGCCACGGGCUCACUGCAGGUGGCUGUGGUGAAGCCAGGGGAGGCGGGGGAGGCACAGGGCCCCUGUGUGGUGCAAGAGGAAGGCACAGAGGUGGUCUCUGAGGAGCAGCAGCAGCAGAAGCUGGUGACGCUGCACGUGGCGGAGCCAGGGGAGACGCUGGUGCAGGAGGCAUAUGAGGAGGCAGCUCUGGGUGGCUCAGAGCUGCAGCAGAUCACCAUCCCCUUCGGUGGGACAACAGAGUACAGCAUCAUCACCCCCAUCAGUGAGGAGAUCCCAGCCCCCAGCACGCUGUACAGUGAGGAAGAGAGCCCCGUGGAGACCUCCCAUGCUGUUGUGGUGAGCGAAGCUGUGAUGGCUGAGGAGACUCUGAAGGACCACAGCAACCACUACAUCGUGUCAUCUGGUGCCCCAAGGAGCCAGUUCCAUCAGGAGGAGCCCCUCAGCAGGGACGCGGUCCUGCCCGUGUCUGCAGAGGGACAGGAGGGACAGCCCACCAGCAUCAAGUGGCCCUUGGUGCAGUGUGUCACCAGGCAGCUCCAGAAGGACUCGUCUUUAUCCCCAGCCUCUGAGGGGCAGGAAGUCUCAUCCCCAAAGGUCAAGUGGCCUGCGCUCCAAGGCGUGGCCAAGAAGCUUUCGUGCAAGGUUUCCACAACCAAGAAGCUCUCAUGCAAGAUUUCCACAGCCAAAAAGUUUUCCUGCAAGAUUUGCACAGCCAUGUUCACAGGGAGGGCAGAAAUGGAGAGUCACAAGAGAGCCCACAUUGGGCCCAGCACUUUCAAAUGUCCCGACUGCCCCUUCACCGCAGCACUGUGGCCGGAGGUCCGGAGCCACAUGGUCCAGCACGCCAGCCUGCGGCCACACAAAUGCAACCACUGCAGCUUUGCCUCCAAGAACAAGAAGGACCUGCGCAGGCACACACUGACCCACACCAACGAGAAGCCCUUCGCCUGCCAGGUCUGUGGGCAGAGGUUCAACCGUAAUGGACACCUCAAGUUCCACAUGCAGCGUUUGCACAGCUCGGAGGUGAAGAGGCCACCAGUGCCUGCGGCUGCUGCCCCCCAGACCAUCAUUCUGAAUAGUGAUGAGGACACGCUGGCCACUCUGCAGACAGCUCUGCAGGCUGGGCAGGCAGUGCUGGCUCCUGAGCGGCUUCAGCAGGCGCUGGGGCAGGAGCACAUCAUUGUGGCACAGGAGCAGAGUGUCACCAGCCAGGAGGAGGCUGCCUACAUCCAGGAGAUCACGACAGCUGACGGACAGACAGUGCAGCACUUGGUGACCUCUGACAACCAGGUUCAGUACAUCAUUGCCCAGGAUGGCGUACAGCACUUGCUUCCCCACGAGUACGUUGUUGUCCCAGAGGGACAUCACAUCCAGGUACAGGAUGGUCAGAUCACCCACAUCCAGUACGAGCAGGGAAGCCAGUUCCUCCCAGAGCAGCAGAUACAAUACAUGCCCGUCUCACCCGAGCAGCAGCUGGUCACCCAGGCACAGCUGGAGGCAGCUGCACACUCGGCUGUCUCAGCAGUGGCUGAUGCUGCCAUGGCCCAGGCCCAGGGCGUGUUUACUGCCGAGGCCACAGCAGAGCAGAUCCAGCAUUUGCAGCAGGGAAUCCACUACGAUGUCAUCACGCUGGCAGAAUAGCACCGAGACCAGGCAGGAGCUGCCUACCCCAGCAGUUGCCUUAUUGCUUUGGCACUACCCGGGACAUCCAGGGCUACGCUGCCCACCCGGCCAUGUGCCACGAGGAUCCAGUGUGUCCCCCCGGCACGGACAGCUGCCUCUGUCAGGCUGUGUGGGGUGGUCAGGCUCUGUUGCACUUGAUGGCCUGAAAUCCUUUUUCCUGAAUCACGUUCUUGGAUUGGCAUCUGCCCAGCACGGCAGGACCCUGGGAGGAGCCGUGGGGUUGGGCACAGCCACGGUACAGUGCGGGAGGCCACGGGGCAGCCGCCCCUCCCUGGGGUGCUCCGGCCUGCGGGCAGGCACCGCGGGGCUCUGGACUGCAGGACCCGUGGCAGAGGCAGAAAAUGUUCUAUUUUUCUUCAGAAGAGGGACAGACUCUGGAGCUGGGUCGCAGGUGGUUAUGGGAGGGGUUUGCUUUGACGAUGCUUAUGAAUAAAAAGGGAUUAAAACC